AUGUUCUCUGUUAGGUCUGCACUUUUAAAAUCAUCUACUUCACAAUUAGGUAGAUUACAACUACGUUAUUUCUCACAUUUACCUUUAAAUGUCCCAAUUAAAUUACCUAACGGUCUAGAAUAUGAACAACCUACAGGUUUAUUCAUUAACAAUAAAUUUGUUCCAUCAAAACAACACAAAACUUUCGAAGUCAUCAAUCCUUCUACUGAAGAAGAAAUCUGUCAUGUCUACGAAGGUAGAGAAGACGAUGUCGAAUCUGCUGUCAUCGCCGCUGAUAAUGCUUUCAACAAUAAUUCAUGGGCUACUAUCGAUCCUUUAGAGAGAGGUAAAGCUUUAUGGAGAUUAGCCGAUUUCAUUGAAAAGGAUAAAGAAAUUAUUGCUUCAAUUGAAUCCCUAGAUAAUGGUAAAGCUAUUAUGAAUGCUAGAAUUGAUGUUCAAUUAGUUAUUAACUAUUUAAAGGCUUCUGCUGGUUAUGCUGAUAAAUUAGAUGGUAGAUUAAUUAAUACAGGUGAAACUCAUUUCAAUUAUACUAAGAGAGAACCUUUAGGUGUUUGUGGUCAAAUUAUUCCUUGGAAUUUCCCAUUAUUAAUGUGGGCUUGGAAAAUUGCUCCAGCUACUAUUACAGGUAAUACUGUUGUCUUAAAGACUGCUGAAUCUACACCUCUAUCUGCUUUAUAUGUGUCUCAAUAUAUUCCUCAAGCCGGUAUCCCACCUGGUGUCAUCAACAUUGUCUCCGGUUUUGGUAAGAUUGUCGGCGAAGCUUUAACUCAACAUCCAAAGAUUAAGAAAAUCGCAUUCACAGGUUCUACUGCUACUGGUAGACAUAUUUAUCAAGGUGCUGCUGCAGGUUUAAAGAAAGUCACUUUAGAACUUGGUGGUAAAUCUCCAAAUAUCGUCUUUGCUGAUGCCGACAUUAAGAAUGCCGUUCAAAACAUUAUUACAGGUAUUUAUUUCAACUCUGGUGAAGUUUGUUGUGCUGGUUCAAGAGCCUAUGUCGAAGAAUCUAUCUACGAUGAAUUUGUUCAAGAAUUGAAGACUGCUGCUGAAAAUGUUAAGGUUGGUAACCCAUUCGAUGAAACUACCUUCCAAGGUGCUCAAACCUCUCAAAUGCAAUUAGAAAAGAUCUUAAGUUAUGUUGAUAUCGGUAAGAAAGAAGGUGCCACUUUAUUGACUGGUGGUGAAAGAGUUGGUAAUAAAGGUUAUUUCGUUAAACCAACUAUCUUUGGUGAUGUUAAAGAAGAUAUGAGAAUUGUCAAAGAAGAAAUUUUUGGUCCUGUCAUUACUAUUACCAAAUUUAAGAAUCUAGAUGAAGUUGUCAAGAUGGCUAACGAUUCUGAAUAUGGUCUAGCUGCUGGUAUUCAUACUAAGAACAUCAACAGUGCCAUUAAAGUUGCUGACAGAGUUAAGGCAGGUACUGUCUGGGUUAACACUUACAAUGACUUCCAUCACUCUGUUCCAUUCGGUGGUUUCAACGCUUCUGGUCUGGGUAGAGAAAUGGGUUCUGAAGCUAUUGACAAUUACACUCAAACAAAGGCUGUCCGUGUCAAGUUAGAUUAA